AUGAUAAGAAAUGAUUUUGUUCCAAAUGAGGUGACAUUUGUGUCUGUCCUGAGUGCUUGUAAUCAUUGUGGUUUGAUUGAGCAAGGGAUUCAAUAUUUUAACUUAGUGAAGGAGAAGUAUGGUAUUGCUCCCAGAGCUGAUCAUUUUGCUUGUCUGGUUGAUAUGUUAGGACGGGCAGGAAAGCUUGUGGAAGCUCAAAGAGUUUUAGAGGGUAGAAAUGCAUUGGAAACGAAAUCCGAUAAAAAAUGUAGAGUUGGCAGUGAUAACGAUGCUACUAUAUGGGGUGCAUUGCUUGGGGGAUGUAUGAUAUAUGGGAAUAUGGAGAUGGGGAGGAAGGUGGCUAAGGAGAUGAUAAAUAGAAAACAUCAAAUUUCAGGAACUUUUGUUAUCUUGUCUAAUUUCUAUGCGUCUUCAGGAAACUGGGAAGCCGUAGACAAUCUUAGGGAGGACUGGAACUGGCAGGGCUUUGUUCAAAAGCCAGGUCAAAAACCGGAAUUGAUGCUGAAGUUGAACCUUAGAGAUGAGGAGAAGGCCGUCUUUUUGCUUUCUAAUGACAGCUACUCCACCUGGAGAUCUCAAAUCGUCAAGUUGUUUAGGGCGAACAACUAUGCUGGAUUUCUUAACAAAAUUGCUCCUGUUCCUCCCUGGUUCAUUCUUGGCGCGACCGGCAUUUCCAAACCAAAUGCAACUUACAACUGUUGGAUGUUACUAGAUCAAAAUCUUGCAUCAGCCAUAUGUUCUACCAUCACUACCGGCAUUCUCCCAUUUGUUCUGAUUCUUGAUAACUACGCAGACAUUUGGAGUACGCUUGAAAGAAGACUUCAAACAACGAAUCGGUCACAUGUGAUACAACUCGAGAACGAGCUACAUCACAUCUCCAUGGGACAACAAACAAUACUUCAAAACCUCAACAAUAUCAAAUCCCUCGAUGACAAGAUAGCUGCAAUCGGCUGCUCCAUCGAGUGA